CAAAGGGGAGUGACGCAGUUAUUGUAGAUCUGAAGGUACUCCAUGCUCCUUUAUAUGUAUGACGUGGAAUAAUAUUUUUAAUCAAAUACUAAAUCCAUCGAAAAAAGAAAGAACUGGACGCUGCAUGUCGGAGCUGAGCGCCCCUUGACUUUAUUUGGAUGCCAUUCUCACUGGAGGUUGCGCUAGAGCCCGAGGACUGGAUGUUAUAAGUGGGAACGGAACAUGCCGCAGCCAAAGUCACGAAAAAUCGCCAUCCUCGGGUACAGAUCCGUGGGAAAGUCUUCCUUGACAAUUCAGUUUGUGGAAGGCCAGUUUGUGGACUCCUAUGACCCUACAAUAGAAAACACAUUUACCAAAAUGAUCACGAUAAAUGGACAGGAGUACCACCUUCAGCUUGUUGACACAGCAGGGCAGGAUGAAUACUCCAUCUUUCCACAGACGUACUCCAUAGAUAUCAACGGUUACAUUCUGGUCUAUUCUGUUACAUCUAAUAAAAGCUUUGAAGUUGUUCAAGUUAUCCAUGAAAAGCUAUUGGAUAUGGUGGGGAAGGUCCAAGUUCCAAUUAUGCUUGUUGGGAACAAGAAUGACCUACAUAUGGAGCGCGUGAUCAGUUGUGAAGAGGGGAAAGCAUUAGCCGAAUCCUGGAACGCAGCCUUUAUGGAGUCCUCUGCCAAGGAGAACCAGACAGCAGUGGAGGUUUUCCGGAGGAUGAUCUUGGAGGCGGAGAAGAUGGAUGGAGUGCAGCCUGUAAAGAACCCCUGCUCCAUGAUGUAGAGCCGCCCAAUCAACACACAGGACACUGCACUGGGAAAUCCCGUUACUUGAAGGCUAGCUGCCAGUUCCCCUCCACCUCAGCUGAGUCCACGCCCCUUCCUCAACCAGGGUCCUAAAUACCUAAAAGUGUCUAUUUAUGGCUCUGACUCCACCAUCAUCAUUAGUAUUCCCAGUUCGACCCAUCAUCCUUCUUUUCCUUUGUGUGUGUAAUGAAAAAAGAUGAAUGGGUUAUUUUCUGGUCUUAAAUAAUGCUCUGCCCACUUUUUCAUCUUUGUGCUCAGCACUGAUGCAAAACCUGAAACGGCUGGUAUGGAUGUAUCAGAACAAAUAUUUGUAGUUAGGAACAGAAUUAGUAGGCUUGAUGCAUCCUAGCUUUUCCCUUUGAAGCUUCCAUAUAAGGCUAUAGCCCUGUUUAAAUGACCCGAGAUAAAAGAUUUCCCAUGUCUGCCAUGCAUAUGAAAAUAGAUGAACAAAUCUUUAUUCUGAUAUACUACCAGCUGUGUGGGCUUUCCAAUAUACACCUGUUUUCUACUGCAUCAGUCGCAGUACUCAUGUCUCUCUCCCUUGGUUAGUUUCCCUUAAAUUACUGUCUGCCAAAAGAAAAUAAGAAAAAUCUGCAUUCAUUUUCUAAUGUUGAAAAUGUUGUACAAAUGUUUUUGAUUGUAACCAUUAAAGGAAAAAGUGAUUAUGUAA